AUGUUGCCCACUGCUUCUAACAAUGCUACUGCUGCUAUUAAUGAUGAUGAUGAUGAUGAUGAUGAUGAUGAUGGUAUUAAUAAGAAGAGGCGUUUCCUUGUUGUGGUAUCAGCGUCAGACUCUGUCGUGAGCUGGUCCUGGCGCAUGGGCAACUACUUCGUGUGGCCUCUGUUGAGCUGCGGUAGUGCACACAGCUUCGUCAUUUUUCCCACAGCCCCGCCUCGCCCCGGCUUGCCCACUCUAAUUUGCCCACGCUCGGAUGUGAACAGCGUCGCCGCCCGCCCCCUUGCCUGCGUCCAUUCACACCCACUGCCAGCUGCAGUGUGA